AUGGUGCUCCAAGGAAGACCUCUCCGCCUGGCUCAGGUGUUUCUCAUCGUGGUUCCUGCCUUCAUCCUCUACGGUUACAACCAAGCUGGUGUUGGCCCCCUAGCCACCCUGCAAAGCUGGGUUCAUGUCUUCCCUGAAAUCGACGCGGUCAACACAACCGGUGCCCUCAAGGCGCACAAUUCGACCAGUAAAGGUGCCGUCAUCGCAUCCUUCCAGCUCGGGGCCCUGUUUGGAGCCCUCUCCUGCUCGUUCCUCGGUGACUGGAUCGGUCGUCGGAAGACCAUUUUUAUCGGCGCCAUCAUCUCCAUCGUUGGCCAGGUGCUCCAGACAGCCUCGUACAACCUGAUCCAGUUCACCAUCGGCCGAGUCGUCCUCGGUGUGGGUAUUGGACUGUUCAGUGCCGCCGUGCCGGUGUGGCAGUCCGAAUGUACCUCAGCCAAGCACCGUGGCCAGCACGUUAUUGUCGACGGCAUCUGUAUCUGCCUGGGUUACACGCUCUGCAACUGGAUCGACUUCGGUCUCAGUAAAGUAGACGGCUCCCUGCAAUGGCGGAUCCCGCUCGCCAUCUCCUUCUUCUUCGAAGUGGUCCUCGUCUCCUCCGUCUUCCUCCUCCCCGAAUCCCCCCGUUGGCUCGUCCACGUCAACCGCAUCGAAGAAGCCACCGCCAGUCUCGCCGCCUACAAGGGCCUCCCCGAAGAGGACGACGAGAUCCGCAUGGAAAUCGCCGGCAUUGAGUCCUCGCUCGAAGUCACCGCCGACCAGAGCGGCGGCUCGUUGAAGGAAAUGUUCAGCAAGAACGACAAAGACCGUCUGCUGUACCGCUUCGCCCUCUGCAUGUCGCUGCAGUUCUUCCAGCAGAUGUGUGGCGGCAACCUGAUCUCCGUGUACGCGUCGACCAUCUUCGAGGAGAACCUCAACAUGGACUCCGACCUGGCCCGCAUCCUGUCCUCCUGCGCCAUGACCUGGAAGUUCCUGUGCAGCUUCAUCUCCUUCAUGGCCAUCGACCGUCUCGGCCGCCGCGCCAUCUUCAUGAUCAGCGGCACCGGCAUGAGCGUCUGCAUGAUCGUCCUGGCCAUCACCAACAGCUUCGGCAAGAACUACGCCGCCUCCAUCGUCUCCGCGCUCUUCAUCUUCCUCUUCAACACCUUCUACCCCUUCGGCUUCCUGGGCGGCAACUUCCUGUACUGCACCGAGUACUACAUCAUGUACGCCGUCAUCUCCGCCUGCAUCCCCAUCACCGUCUACAUCUUCUACCCGGAGACCAUGAACCGCAACCUGGAGGCUAUCAACAACGUCUUCCGCGACGCCCCUUCCUCCUGGCACAUCGUCUCCAUGGCCCGCCACCUGCCCCAGGGUGAAGCCGCCGACGUCGACGCCUUCACGCGUGCCGCCGAGAAGGCCGAGAUCGACCAGCGCGAGAAGGUCUAA